UAUGCACGUUUACCUCUUCGUAAGACGACGCACCGGGGAUACGGUACUAUACUUGAAUUGAACAGGAUGAAUGAUCGUCCUGGAACCCAGGAACCUCCAGGUAGCCUCUACGCAUUCUCUGACAUAACACACCGUCUCUGCAGGGUCUCGUGCAUUCGCAUUUGCAAGAUCAGAUUCUGGGUUGCCGCCGCAAAGGGUGAUUUGGCAUUCUGCGCGGUGUUGAGCUUGGAAUUGAGGGAGACUCAAUAUUUGUACGACAUCCAGGUGAGCGGCAGUUGGGCUUGCAUACAAGGUUUUAGAAGUUCAGACGCCACGUUGUUCAUAUAUAUAAGUCGUAUCCCCAGCGACUACAGAAUGUACCAAAGACGCGGCCGAGGAUCUGGUAACAGUCGUGGUAGAGGUCGCGGUAUCGUUACUGUAUCUGAUCCCUCCAUUGAGCAACCGGUGCCCCGUGACAUCGAUGAAGGAUUGCUUCCUGGUGUAUUGCGUACGCUGUCGAGACCAAGAGAUGUCUUCAAUCGCGAGGUUUCCAUCACGAACUUGGAGUAUCUUGGGUCAUAUAAUUGGGUCGAUGAAGCUCACCCAACCAUUAUAGUUCCAGGAUCGCCACCUAUCUGGAAACAUAGACCUCUUCCAUACCAAGUGCAAGCUGACCGAGGAAUCGCUUUCAUCGACCAGAACGGAUAUCGUCUACCAUCCUCUUGUCUUUUGCCACUGUUCAAAGCCGUGGACGUGGUGGCAGAAGACAACGCGGAUGUUGAUAUCGAUUGGCCAUCGGUAGACUUUGUGACCGAUCGUAAUGGUUUGCGAAAGCUCAUGAGGUGGCUCGACGAUACAGGAGAUGGUGAUCGUCCUCGAGAGUUUCGCAUCGAUCUCCAGCUGGGAGGGAAAGGUACCGUAUUGAUGAGUAGGUGGCAGGAGAAGACUUGGGAGCCUGCUGGCUUCUCCUUUGGGUUCAGCUUCGAGAAGGCGAGCACCAAGGCUGCUGCACGGUGCGAGAGGAGCACCGGUCAUCACCGUAUUGUGCAAUAUGAUUUCGACGGACUGAAGAUGGUGGUCCGCUUUGAAGUCGACGCAUGCAUCGAGACCUUGGCUCCUCAUCCUUCCUCCCGCACAGGCGACGUCGAUGACUUGGCGAGCCAACUAUCAGGCUUGUCAGUAUCAUCGACAUCGUCUCGUGCAGCCGCGAACACGUCCUCUACAUCGGAUGUUGAUAUUCUGCGUGGGGGAAGGCAAGUCCCGCAGAGCAGUAUCAUUGAGUUGACCACACGCUCCGAGAGGAAUGCGGCAACUUUUGACUGGAAGGAACAAUAUCCUCAACUCUAUUUAUCACAAACGAUUCACCAUUUCCUGGCGAUCCAUCAGAGAGGGUAUUUCACUCGCAUCGAGAAGCGCAAGUUAAGCGACAACCAAAUGAAUGACAUCCAUGCAAGGGCUGAAGAGAGCUUCAAGAAGCUUCGAGCAUUACUAGGCACGAUACAGGACCUUGUCAUUGGACAUGGACAGAGAGGGAGAUUGAGCCUUCUGUGUCAGAAUGGUGAGCUGCAGGUUCGGGAGAGGGAAAGUCAAGACAGUUUCCUACCUGAUGAGGUAAUGAAACGAUUUGAUUUCUGAUUCGGAUAUUGCAAACGAACAAAUGAUUUGUUUUCUAUGGGCUUCCGAAGAGUUUAUCUGAUGACCGGGAAGGUCACCACGGUACUGUGCAUCCUGGUAACAAUUGUAUCGUACUAAAGUUGCUUGUGUCUCCAAAUUUUGAUCAAAGCAUGGGUGGUGUGUGCUGGCUUCUGUGGCGGCGAUUAAACCAAGUGAGGCUAG